CAGGGUGGCAGCUGCAAGACAGCAAAAAGAGAAGCCGCAGGUGUAGACCGCCUCCACUUCCGCCCUCCGGUCAACCGGGAGCCCUUGACGACCACCAUCGAGCUGGUCUUAGUGGAUCGGGGGUCAAGUGGUAUCUCCGGUACCUGGAGCAGGGGAAGAAGCCGAGCGUAGCCCGCGCAAUGGCGGAAGUAAGGCAAGAGGUGGAGAAAGAGGCACAAGAGAGUGGUAAGACGGCUGCAACCGCUGGUAUGCAGCAGAGAGGUGAACUACCCGCGCCUGCUGAAAAGCAGAGAAGCGGGCAACAGCAUCAGAGACCCGCGCCUGCUGAAAAGCAGAGAAGCGGGCAACAGCAGCAGAGACCCGCGCCUGCUGAAAAGCAGAGAAGCGGGCUACAGCAUCAGAAACCCGCGCCUGCUGAAAAGCAGAGAAGCGGGCAACAGCAGCAGAGACCCGCGCCCGCCAAAUGGCGGAGAAGCGGGGAACCUACAGGUACCACAACAGGCUCAACAACAGCUACUCCAAAACGCACCAGCCUACAGGUCACACCACCUGAGCCACCGUCCCCCAAACGGCCGCGGGGGCUCCCACCCCCUCCAACAGAGUCUAGGGGCUUGGAUGGGUCCGCGGGCCAGGGUCAGCCACAGGAGGGAAUCACUAAGCAGCCUAGCUAUUCAGAUGCUCUUAAAGGCAUCCGGGUGGCUGUACUGCCAUGUGAUUACCCUGCUGCUGCCCUAAGCCCUGAGGACCUGACCAAACUCCAGGACGCCAUCAUGGAUGAGGUCCUUAAAGGGUGGAAGCACGCACUGGUCUUUUGUGGGGUAUUUUUCAGGUCAGGUAUGCUCCUUGUGGACUGCAAGGAUGAGCGGACCGCAGCAUGGCUGGUGGAUAAGGCACCAAACAUUGAGGGAUGGGAGGGGCCCGCGUUAUGUACCAAGAGGGGGGAUGAUAUCCCGCCGGUGCAUAAUAUCUCGGUGUUCUUCCCAAGAUGCGCCGAUAAAUCGGCGGAGUACGUGCUGGGACUCAUCAAGGCCCAGAAUGAGGACAUCCACACUGCUGCGUGGUAG